GAGAGAGACGUGAUGAUGGAGUAUGUGUGGGGGCACAGAUUCAUUAUAAAAAGGGACCAAUGGCACCAUUACUCAGUCCCACUCCCCCCUCUCACUUUCGGUUCUUGCAUUUGCUCCUCAAUAUCUGACUCCUUCAAACACCCCAAACACCUUCACAAUCCCUUCUCCUCUCUCUUCUAUCUCUCUAUCUUGUACUCAACCAAAGAUAACAGAUAAUCCCAAUUGAAGCAAAAUCCAUGGAAACACAGCAACAACGCCAGAAUUCCAUGAGGUCAAGAUUCAGGCGGGUCUGUGUAUUCUGUGGUAGCAGCCCCGGCAAGAGUCCUAGCUACCAACUUGCAGCUAUUCAACUUGGACAACAACUGGUGGAAAGGAACAUUGACUUGGUUUAUGGAGGGGGAAGCAUUGGUUUGAUGGGUCUGGUCUCCCAAGCUGUCUAUGAUGGUGGACGCCAUGUCUUGGGAGUGAUUCCAAAGACUCUGAUGCCAAGAGAGAUCACAGGAGUAACUGUAGGAGAAGUCAGAGCUGUUUCAGGGAUGCACCAACGCAAAGCUGAAAUGGCUCGUCAAGCAGACGCAUUUAUUGCCUUGCCAGGUAUUAUAUACGGAUCCCAACACACAUAUAUGUAUAUACGCACACAUAAUAACAGCCUACCAUAUAAUUUGUCUGAUUUGAUCAACACAGGUGGGUAUGGAACCUUAGAAGAACUACUGGAGGUCAUCACUUGGGCUCAACUUGGAAUCCAUAAUAAGCCGGUGGGAUUGUUGAAUGUGGAUGGGUACUACAAUUCAUUGUUGUCUUUCAUAGACAAGGCAGUGGAUGAAGGUUUCAUAACACCAGCUGCUCGUCACAUCAUUGUUUCUGCCCCAACUGCACAAGAACUAAUGUGCAAGCUAGAGGAGUAUGUUCCCAAGCACUUUGAUGCAGCUCCAAAGCUAAGUUGGGAGAUGGAGCAACAAUUGGGUUAUAACACAACAAAGUCAGAGAUUGCUCGUUGACCUCAUCAAAUGUUCUAAUCACCGUAGAUUCUAGCAGUGAUGCACACGACCCCAUGUAGAUCUGUAGAUGUGAGCUCCACAGAAGUGUCAAUCACGGUUGUUUUAGAUAGCUGUGUGGAUCAUGAGAUUCAUGCCGUUUAGUUCUUU